AUGUCGACGCUUGCAGAAGGCCGUGAUCCAGAGACUGGUGAGGUGAAUCGCCAAGAUGAGACAUCUCCUCUUCUCAAUACAUCUCAAUCUCCCGUUCCAUCGUCAAAGACCUCUUCAGUCGCCGUUUUUAAGAUUGUUUUGGUUCUCAUCAUUGGCUCCUUCACUGCCAAUGCAGAUGGCAGUCUCGUGCUGGCCACACACCCGACAAUUGCCAGCGAGUUCAAUGCCCUGUCUGCGUCGAAUUGGCUAUUCGUCUCUUUCAACCUUGCAGGAGCGGCUACUCAAGCCUUGGUAGGCAAGCUCAGCGACAUAUAUGGUCGACGGAGCCUUAUUGUCGCUGCAUAUGCUCUCUUCGCUGCUGGCUGUAUUAUUGUGGGAACAGGCACUUCCAUAGGAUUAGUUAUCCUUGGCCGUGUUAUCUCUGGCGCCGGCGGAUCAGGCUUGACUAUAUUGGCCAUGCUUAUUAUAACAGACUUGGUACCUUUGCGUGAAGCUGCUGCGUGGCAAUCAUAUCUCAACCUCGCUGCCACGACUGGUCGUAGUCUGGGUGGACCUCUUGGAGGCUGGCUGGCUGAUACCAUCGGAUGGCGUUGGUCAUUCAAGUGCCAAGUUCCUAUCUUCCUUGUUGCCAUCAUUCUCACCUACUUCUUUUUGCCCAACAAGAAACAGGACAAGAAACCUACAUCACUCUCUAGAAUUGACUUUUCCGGCGCGGCCCUCCUUGCUCUGACAAUGAUGACAUUACUUCUGCCUUUUGAGAUUGGAGGUUCUCAGGUGCCUUGGUCGCACCCUGUCAUCCCCAUCUUAUUUGUUGCUGCUCUAAUCUUUGGCGGCCUCUUCAUACUCUUUGAAGGCCGCUGGGCUCAAGAACCCAUUUUCCCACUCGACUUGCUCCGAAUCCGGAAUGUCGUGCUCGGAUACGUGAUCAGUGGCACUCAGUGUGCUGCCCAGCUCGGUUUGAUGUUCUCUGUUCCUCUUUACUUCCAGGUUACAAAGAAUGCCAGCAAUACUGUUGCUGGGGCAUACCUGUUUCCGGCUGUAACAGGAAAUGCAAUCGGUGCAAUUCUAGCUGGAAUAGUUAUCAAACGAACUGGAAGAUAUAAAUUGGUUCUCCUUGUUGCCACUGUGACAUCAGCAGUGUCUUACAUCCUCCUCCUACUUCGCUGGCAUGGCCAGACAAAUGUCUGGGAAUCUCUAUAUAUCUUCCCAGGAGGUCUAGGCACUGGUGCCGUACAGACGGGAGUUUUUGUUGCGGUACAAGCUGCCACUGAUCCUGUUCAUAAGGCGGCUGCCCUGGGUGGGGUCUGGCUGACUGUAAUGGUUGGAGCCAUUGUUGGUAUGACUGCUGUCAGUACAGCAACGAUGCACGUCAUGGCUUGGAGUCUGGCCACUACGCUACAAAAACGUGGCUUGGCCGUAAGUGUGAUUGAAAAGGUCGUCGAUUUGGCCACUUCAGAUAUCAACUAUAUUAGCAAAGCGGAUCCAACUACCGCAUCAGCCGUUGUAGACGCAUACGUACGUGGUCUGUCUUUCAGUCAUAUCGUCUCCCUUACCUUCUCGGUCAUUGCUACAUUUUCGGCUAGCUUCAUAAGCGAGCACAAAGUUUAG